AUGCCGGGGCCAAGCACAACUGGAUUCUGCCUAUCGCGAACCCCAGACCCCUGCUGCCCACCCCCCGUGACGACGGUGACAAGACAUUGCCCAGAGCGACGCCUCCGCGCCGCCCCGCAACGUGGUUCAGAGCGGGAGGCGAUUCUGCACCCGCGCAGGGCCGACUGGGGCGUCCACGCGGGCCCGGUGCGGGGCCUCCGGCAGUUCUACGUGGCCGCGCAGGGAGUGACCUGGACCUACCGGCCGGAGCCCCCAGACCCCAGCUUGAAUCCUUUUAUACCUUCCUUUAAGAAAAUUGUCUACAGAGAGUAUGAACCACAUUUUAAGAAGGAAAAGCCACGAUCUAGCAUUUCAGGACUUCUUGGGCCUACUUUAUAUGCUGAAGUUGGAGACAUCAUGAAAGUUUACUUUAAGAAUAAGGCAGACAAACCCAUAAGCAUCCAUCCUCAAGGAAUUAAGUACAGUAAAUUCUCAGAAGGUGCUUCUUAUACGGACCACACAUCCCCUCUGGAGAAAAUGGAUGAUGCGGUGGCACCGGGCCAAGAGUACACCUACGAGUGGGUCAUCAGUGAGGACAGUGGGCCCACCCAGGACGACCCCCCGUGCCUCACACAUAUCUAUUACUCUUAUGAGAAUCUGACAGAGGAUUUCAACUCAGGGUUGAUUGGACCUCUGCUCAUCUGUAAGAAAGGCACCCUAACAGAGGAUGGGACUCAGAAGAUGUAUGACAAGCAACAUGUGCUGUUGUUUGCUGUGUUUGAUGAAAGCAAGAGCUGGAACCCAUCACCGUCUCUGAUGUACACGGUCAAUGGUUAUGUGAAUAAAACAAUGCCAGCUCUCACAGUCUGUGCUUACGACCACAUCAGCUGGCAUCUGAUUGGAAUGAGCUCUGAGCCAGAACUGUUCUCCAUCCACUUCAACGGCCAGGUCCUAGAGCAGAAGCAUCAUAAAGUUUCCACUAUCACAUUGGUCAGUGCUACAGCCACCACUGCCAACAUGACCGCGAGCCCAGAGGGAAAGUGGACCAUAUCUUCACUCAUCCCUAGGCAGUUUCAAGCUGGGAUGCAGGCUCAUAUUGAUAUUACAAACUGUCCAAAGAAAACCAGGACUACUACGAAACUAACCCGCGAACAGAGGCGGUACAUCAAGAGAUGGGAGUACUUCAUUGCCGCAGAGGAAAUGAUGUGGGACUAUGCACCUAUAAUACCAACAACUAUGGACAAACUAUACAGAUCUCUGCACUUGGAUAAUUUCUCAAACCAAAUUGGAAAAAUUUAUAAGAAAGUUGUUUACAAACAGUACCAAGAUGAGAGCUUUACCAAACGCAUGGACAAUACCAAAAUCAAUGAAAAUGGGAUUUUGGGCCCUAUUAUUAGAGCCCAGGUCAGAGACACACUCAAAAUCGUGUUCAAAAAUUCGGCCAGUCGACCCUACAGCAUUUACCCUCAUGGAGUGACCUUCUCCCUUUAUGAAGACGAUGUCAACUCUUCCUCUACCUCAGGCAACCACACCAUGAUCCGUGCAGUUCAGCCCGGAGAAACUUAUACUUAUAAAUGGAACAUCCUCGAGUCUGAUGAACCCACAGACAGUGACGCACAGUGCUUAACAAGACCAUACUACAGUGAUGUAGAUGUCACCAGGGACAUUGCCUCUGGCCUGAUAGGGCUUCUUCUAAUUUGUAAGAGCAGAUCCCUGGAUAUGCGAGGCAUACAGAGGGCAGCGGACAUCGAGCAGCAGGUUGUGUUUGCUGUGUUUGAUGAGAACAAGAGCUGGUACAUCGAAGACAAUAUCCACAAGUUCUGUGAAAAUCCUGAUAUGGUGAAACGGGAUGACCCCAAAUUUUAUCAAUCAAACAUAAUGAGCACUAUCAAUGGCUAUGUGCCCCAGAGUAUACCUGUUCUAGGGUUCUGCUUUGAUGACACUGUCCAGUGGCAUUUCUGCAGUGUGGGGACCCAGGAUGAUAUCUUGACCAUUCACUUCACUGGGCACUCGUUUAUCUAUGGAAAGAGGCAUGAGGACACCUUGACCCUGUUCCCCAUGCGUGGAGAGUCUGUGACUGUCACAAUGGAUAACGUUGGAACUUGGGUGUUGACUACCAUGAAUUCCAGUCCAAGAAACAAAGGCCUCCAGCUGAGAUUCAGGGAUGUUAAAUGUAUGCGGGAUGAUGAUGAAGACUCAUACGAGAUUUAUGAACCUCUAUCACCGACAGCCAUGGCUGUACGGAAGAUAUACCCUCCUUCAGAAAAUGAAGAAGAGGAGACUGAUCCAGAUGAUGAUUACCAGGAUAUCCUGGCUUCCUCAUUAGGAAUUAGGUCAUUCAGAAAUUCAUCCCUGGGUCAGAAAGAAGAUGAACUCAAUCUUACUGCCCUUGCUCUGGAGAACAGCUCUGAGCUCAUUUCUCCAAGUACAGAUGCAUCUAUCAGCUCCAAUUCUUCAUCUUCAAGCUCCACUGUCAGUAACCUCACAGAACCCCAGAAAACCCUUCCUCAUGCAGGAGCAUCCAAAGCUGGUCACCUCUUGGGACACCUCAGUGGCUUAGACAAGAACCCAGUUGUCAACUCUUCCACAGCAGAGUAUUCCAGCCCAUAUUAUGAAGACCAGAUAGAAGAUCCUCUACAGUCAGAUGUUACAGAGAUAAGCCUCCUAGAUGAAAAAGGUUUCAGAGAUGCAGAAUAUGUUAAACACAAAGCAUACAGAGCAAAAAGAAACCAAUUAGCAAAUCACAGGUUUUCCUGGAUGAUAUUACCAGCCCAUGAAACUGGGAGACAUUCAAACCAAGAUGACACUUCUUCAAAAAUGGGACCCUUGGAGGAUCUUCCCAGUAAUCUGCUACUCUUAAAACAAAAGAAUCCAUCGAAGAUUUUGGAAGGGAAAUGGCAUGUGGCUUCUGAAAAAGGUGGCUAUAAAAUAACCCAAGAUACUAAUGAAAAUAUGGAUGAGCUGCUAAACAGCCCCCACAAUGUCUCAAGGACUUGGAGAGAAAGCAUCCCUGAAAACAAUCCAGGAAAACAGAGUGACCACCCAAAGUUUUCUGGAGUUAGACAUAAAUCUCUACAAGUAAGACAGCAUGGAGAAAAUAGUGGAUUGAAGAAAAGACCAUUUCUCAUCAGAACACGGAAAAAGAAAAAGGAACCGAAGCUUGCACACCAUAUCCCACUCUCUGUAAGGGGCAUUUACCCUCUCAGAGGAGCAGACUACAUCGCAUUUUCAGACAGAAAACUUAACCAUUCAUUACUACUCCUUAAGUCCAAUGAAACAUCUGUUCCCACAGACUUCAAUCAAACAUCCCCCUCUAUCAAUCUUGUCCAGAUAGGCUCACUUCCUAACCAUAAUCUGAGCCUCCCAAAUGACACUAGUCAAGCAAGCUCCCCUCCAGAUUUUUAUCAGACUGUGCCCCCAGAGGAACACUAUCAAACAUCUCCUAUUCAAGACACUGAUCAAGUGCACUCCACUACAGACCCGAGUCACAGGUCCUCUCCUCCAGAGCUCAGCCAGAUGCUCAAGCAUGAAUUAAGUCAUGAGUUAUAUCCUGUUGACAUUGGUCAACAAUUUCAUGCUCUGGAACAUGAAGCCUGGCAGAUGACUAGCUCUUCAGGCCUCAGUGAACCAUCUUCUUCUUCAAGCCAAGGUCAGAUGACCCCCUCUUCAGACCUCAGCCAGAUAAUCACCUCCCCAGGCUUUGGGCAGAUCCCCCUUUCCCCAGACCUCAGUCACAAAAGCCCCUCCCCGUACCUCAGCCAGAUGCCCCUCUCUCCAGAACUUGGUGAGACCAGCCUUUCUCCAGACUUCAGUCAGAUGACCUCCUCAGACCUCAGCCAGGUGCCUCUGUCUCCAGAUCUUGGUGAGACCAGCCUUUCCUCAGACCUCAGACAGAUGACCUCCUCCCCAGACCUCAGCCAGAUGCCUCUGUCUCCAGAACUUGGUGAGGCCAAACUUUCCCCCAACCUCAGUCAGAUGACCCACUCCCAAGAUCUCAACCAGAUACCUUAUUCCCCUGGGCUCAGCCAAGUAACUAUCUCUCCAGACAUCAGUGAGACAACCCUUCCUCCAAAUUUCAGGCAAACAUCACAUCCUUCAGACCUUGAUCAGGCAUCCUACCCUUGCAACUCUAGUCAGUUGCUGCCUCUUUCAGAAUUUAAUCAGACUUCUUAUCCAGACCUUGUUCAUAUGCCAUCUCCUCUCCCAUCUCCUAAACUCAAUGAUACUUUCAUAUCAAAUGAAUUUAAUCCACUAGUUGUAGUGGGUUUAAGUGGAGAUUAUGGAGAUUUCACUGAGAUUACUCCACGGCAGAAAGACCAAAUCAGUGAAGAAGACUAUGCUGAAAUUGAGUAUGUGGCUUACAAUGACCCCUACCAAACUGACAGGAGGACAGACAUCAACUCUUCCAGAAAUCCUGACAACAUUGCAGCGUGGUACCUCCGCAGCAACAAGGGAAACAGAAAAUAUUAUUAUAUUGCUGCUGAAGAAAUAUUCUGGGAUUAUGCAGAAUUUGCACAAAGUGAAACUGACAAUGAAGACAGCGAUGACAUUCGGAAGGAUACCACAUACAAGAAAGUCGUUUUCCGAAAGUACCUGGACAGCACUUUUACCAAACGCGACCCACGGGGCGAGUAUGAGGAACAUCUCGGCAUUCUCGGUCCGAUUAUUAGAGCCGAAGUGGAUGAUGUCAUACAAGUUCGUUUUAAAAAUUUAGCAUCUAGGCCAUAUUCUCUUCAUGCCCAUGGACUGGCCUAUGAGAAAUCAUCAGAAGGAAAGACUUAUGAAGACGAUUCUCCUGAAUGGUUUAAGGAUGAUAAUGCUGUUCAGCCCAAUAAGAGUUAUACGUAUGUAUGGCAUGCCACCGACCAGUCAGGGCCAGAGAACCCUGGCUCAGCCUGCCGGGCUUGGGCAUACUACUCAGCUGUGAAUCCGGAAAAAGACAUCCACUCGGGCUUGAUAGGGCCCCUUCUGAUCUGCCGAAAAGGAACGCUUCACAAGCAGAGCAACAUCCCUGUGGACAUGAGAGAAUUUGUCUUACUCUUUAUGGUCUUUGAUGAGAAGAAGAGUUGGUACUAUGGAAAGUCUGAAAGGACAUGGAAACUGGAAUCUUCAGAAGUGAAAAACUCCCAUGAGUUCCACGCCAUUAAUGGGAAGAUCUACAGCUUGCCGGGCCUGAGAAUGUACGAGCAAGAGUGGGUGAGGUUACACCUGCUGAACACGGGCGGCUCCAGAGACAUUCACGUGGUUUACUUUCAUGGCCAGACCUUGCUGGAGAACGGCACUCAACAGCACCAGCUGGGCGUCUGGCCCCUUCUACCUGGUUCAUUUAAAACACUUGAAAUGAAGGCAUCAAAAGCUGGUUGGUGGCUCUUAGACACAGAGGUUGGAGAAAAUCAGAGAGCAGGGAUGCAAACACCAUUUCUCAUCAUAGACAAAGAUUGUAAGAUGCCAAUGGGACUAAGCACUGGAAUUAUAUCUGAUUCACAGAUGAAGGCUUCUGAAUAUCUGCGUUAUUGGGAGCCCAAAUUAGCAAGAUUAAACAAUGCUGGAUCAUAUAAUGCUUGGAGUGUAGAAAAAAACGCAUUAGAAACCGCCUCUAAACCUUGGAUCCAGGUGGACAUGCAAAGAGAAGUCGUCAUCACGGGGAUCCAGACCCAGGGUGCCAAACAUUACCUCAAGUCUUGCUACACCACCGAGUUCUAUGUGGCUUACAGUUCUGACCGCACCAGCUGGCAGAUCUUCAAAGGAAACAGCACGAAGCAAGUGAUGUAUUUUGAUGGCAAUUCAGAUGCCUCUACAAUAAAAGAGAAUCAGUUUGACCCACCUAUUGUGGCCAGAUACAUUAGGAUAUCUCCAACAAGAUCCUAUAACAGACCUACCCUUCGACUGGAGCUGCAAGGCUGUGAGGUUAAUGGAUGCUCCACACCACUGGGUAUGGAAAAUGGAAAGAUAGAAAACAAGCAGAUCACAGCCUUCUCGUUUAAAAAAUCCUGGUGGGGAGAUUACUGGGAGCCCUCCUGUGCCCGCCUUAAUGCCCAGGGCCGAGUGAAUGCCUGGCAACCCAAGGCAAAUAACCACCAACAGUGGUUACAAAUUGAUCUGCUCAAAAUCAAGAAGAUAACUGCGAUUGUAACACAGGGCUGCAAGUCUCUAUCUUCUGAAAUGUAUGUGAAGAGUUACACCAUUCACUACAGUGACCAGGGCAUGGAAUGGAAACCUUACAGGCAGAAAUCCUCCAUGAUGGAAAAGGUUUUUGAAGGAAACAGCAAUGUCAAGGGACAUGUGAAGAACUUUCUCAAUCCACCAAUCAUUUCUAGGUUUAUCCGCAUCAUUCCUAAAACAUGGAAUCAGAGUAUUGCACUUCGCUUGGAACUGUAUGGCUGUGAUAUUUACUAGAACUGAAUAUUUUAAAAAAAGAAAGAGAGAGAGAGACUCUUAAAGACCUCAAAAUAUCUAGGGUGGGCAGUGUGUUUUGUGGCUAUUUUGAACAUUAAAUUUUUUCUACUAUUUCAUUUUUUCUUUUAGAAAAUAAAAUUUUAUAUAACAAACUUUUAUAAUGUAACUCGCUGCUGCCAUUAAGUGAGAUGCAUUAAUUUGUAUAUUAUAUGGGAAAUAUCAAGAAGCAAUAAAAUGGCUUGUCUCUUACA